GACUGGAAGAUACUCUAACUUCCACACCACAUCUAGUCCGAAAUAGCUGGACAUACCUAAUUGGAUAUGAAGCAGCAAUUAUAUACCAGAAGGUAAUCUCCGCUGGGUUGCCGAUUACAUGUAAUGCUUCAAGAAAUCUUUCCAUUUUGUAAUCAUAUAUCACAGACACCCCAGAAAGAUAAUUGAGUUCAGCAUGGCUACUGAGACUAUCACAGUGCAGGCCGUCAUCAACGCAAACAUCAACUAUUUUCUGGAAGUAAGUGAAGGAGGAACCGAUGUCAUCUACCCAGGAACAGCCACAGACAAGCUGCGGCCACUCAAGUCCGUGAUUAUGCCAAUCACAGAUUUGCGAACAUGUAAAGACGAGAAUUUCACAUUGGACACGCAUGGUUUCCAAUUUGUGCCCCACAAGACGAAGGAGAAGACCUACGACGAUCAGGAGAGAAUUAAAACAGUUGUUUAUGAUGAGACUGCAGCACUGUUGAGGGAGGUAACAGGGGCGACUCGUGUUGUCCCAUUCUCUCACCUGAUUCGAAAACAUUUAGUAGAUACCGCCGUUGAAGCCGCAAAGAAAGCCGCACCAACAGAUAUCAUUCCGAUUAUGACUCCAUCACUCUUAUGUCAUAUUGAUCAAUCAUACGAUGGUGCUAAGCAGGUCCUUGAAGAUAAUUUGCCACCCGCCGUGGCCGAGUCACUCUCGAAAACAAGAUGGGGCAUCAUCAAUGUCUGGCGACCCGUUGGCGGUCCUGUCAAGAGAGACCCUCUCGCAGUAUGCGAUGCACGUUCUUGUGCGGAAUCAGAUCUUCGCAAGGUCUUCGCACAACUGCCGUCACAAGGUGAUGGAAGCACGGUUUCGGUGGGGGCGGGCUUUGAGGUUUUCAAUGUGGCUCAUAACCCAAACCAUAAAUGGUACUAUGCAUUGACAAUGACACCAGAUGAGACAUUGAUGAUCAAGUGUUUUGACUCAAAGACGGACGGACGAGCUCGAAGGACGCCACACACGGCGUUCCAGACAGACCGUGAUGAAGGCCCAGCACGACAGAGCAUCGAGGUUAGAUGUUUAGUUUUCUGGGAGAAUGAUAGUGCCGAGUGA